AUGAAUCUUUGUGCAUGUCCUAUUGGUUCACCAGCUCGAGGAUGUGAUCCAAUGCCGUUUAUACUUUGGCAUGACCUUAUCGUUAAUGGUUGCCCAAAUGUGACAAUCAAUACGCGUGAUCCAGCACAAAAAGUACAUCGAUGGUUUAGAAGGGUGAAUCGCUUUUCAAAUACAGAUCAAUGUGAACCAUAUGUAUUCCCAUAUUGUCCAGAACUUGACUUUAAUCUGUGGCGAUCCCCAAAAACAAAACAGGAAUGUGAAAAUUAUUGUUAUUCACUAUCCGAACAGCGGAAACGAGGAACUAUUAUAUCUUAA